CGACGUCACAGUUGUAAACACCCGUAUUGUGAUCUUGUAGCUUUGUGUCCGGUAGCAACAUGUCGGUGAGGAGAGAGCCCAGCGGAGGAACUGUAGUGACUGAGAACGGCACACGGGGAACAUAAACAACCCGCGGUAUAGUCCAGGCUACGGGAUAAAGUGCAGGAACACAGCCGGGGCGUCUUUAUUGUCACUGCGGAGGGGCCUGUUGGAGGCUAAUGGACGGAUAAAACGGACAGCCGGUGAUCCGAGGACAGGUGGUCGGUUUGAUCGGAGGAAGAAGGGAACAGCGUGUUCGGGCUCUAAUCGGGACUGAAACUCUCCUUGCCGGGGGAUGUUAUCUGUAUUGUCCUAUGGGAGACUGGUAGCCAGGGCUGUCCUUGGCGGACUUUCUCAGACAGACGGUCGGGACUAUAGCCUGAUCAGCGCCAGUUAUGGCUUCGGUAAAGACUUUCGCAAAGGGAUCCUGAAGAAAGGGAUGUGCUACGGUGAUGAUGCCUGCUUCAUAGCGCGGCACAGGGCCGCCGAUGUUUUAGGUGUAGCAGAUGGUGUAGGUGGAUGGCGGGAUUACGGCGUUGACCCAUCUCAGUUCUCUGCCACCUUGAUGAGAACCUGUGAGCGAUUGGUGAAGGAGGGACGCUUCACUCCCACUAAUCCGGUGGGGAUUCUCACCUCUGGAUAUUAUGAGCUGUUACAGAACAAAGUUCCUCUGCUAGGAAGCAGCACUGCCUGCAUUGUUGUUCUGGAUCGAAGGAGUCACCAGCUACACACGUGUAACCUUGGAGACUCGGGCUUCCUUGUGGUGCGGGGCGGAGAGGUGGUCCAUCGUUCAGAUGAGCAACAGCACUAUUUCAACACACCUUUCCAGCUAUCAAUCGCUCCUCCUGGAGCCGAGGGAGUUGUGCUCAGUGACAGUCCUGAAGCUGCAGACAGCUCAUCCUUCGAUGUCCAGCUUGGUGACAUCAUCUUAACGGCGACAGACGGCCUCUUUGACAACAUGCCAGACUACAUGAUUCUACAGGAGCUAAAAAAACUCAAGACCUCCAACUACGAUAGUGUACUGCAGACUGCACAGAGUAUCGCAAAGCAAGCUCAUGACCUUGCCUACGAUCCAAAUUAUAUGUCUCCUUUUGCACAGUUUGCCUGUGACAAUGGUCUGAAUGUAAGAGGAGGAAAACCAGAUGAUAUAACGGUGCUGUUGUCUAUAGUGGCUGAGUAUACGGACUAGAAGUGUGUGUGUGCUGCUCUUUGAUCCUUCCUUGCUGCCUGCCUGAGUCUUCCACCUGCAGCAUCCCAUCAUGCACUCCAGGCUGACCGGGGCAGACCAACCGACAUGACUAGCACUCCUUACGGCGUGGCUGAAUUCCUCGUUUUUCUUUUUGUCCUCCGCAGGUUUUUUAUGCUUGAGCGGCAUUUAGGCGGGAGGCAGCUAGGAUGUAUUCAUGUUGAUCAUGACUUAGCUGGGGCUGAAAUCACUCCCAGUGUCUCGCAGAGCGUCAUCGGGCAAACUAUAGGCAUUUGAAGCAAGCAGAUGGGGGGGAGUACUUGAGAGUAACCCUUAUGUUCAAAGAAAUGUGAAAUUUUUAUGGAGUAAGCCAUGAAUUCGGAUACAUUUGUUGACACAUUUAUCAUUGCUGUCCAUCUUCUAUUUGAUUCUUUUCAUCCAUGUCGUUUGAACUAAGCACAUAUUUUAGCCUGAGGGUGCUUUUGUUGGAAAUUGUCGAUGAGCAAGAUGUUAGAGUUGGGUUUUAGUGCCUCAGGGUUGGGAUUGUCAAAGGAACCUGUAAAGCGAAAGUGUUUAAAUGUUGAAGGAAGGUUAAUUGGGUGUUUUCACAAAGCUGAGGGAGCUGUUGAUGCGCACAUCCUGAUAGUUUGUAAAUAUUAUUUUGUUUUGUUUUUAGAAAAUGUUUUUUUUUUCUGGGAAAAAUUAUGAAACAGAGCUGUUUGUGUGUGAGAAACUCAUUCAUAAAACCAUUUCUUUGUCUAGAUGAUUAUCUUCAACUUAAUUGAAUCACUUCCACUCUUGCUGUCAUGAACAAUAUAUUUGCAAGGAUUAUGGCAAGUAGUUUGUCUAUUUUGUUUGAUGUCCUUGAGAUUGAUCAUGUUUUUGCCAACAAAUUCAUUGGACUAGUAAUGCAAAAGUUGCAACUAAUAGAUGACUACGCCUAACUAGUAUAUGUAUUACCAUCUAACUAGUUGUUGAAGACCCAUAUGUUUUAACUGGCUAACAUGAAUUUGUCUGAACAAAAUCUUACUAGAUAGCUGUACUUUUAGCACAAAAGUCAAAUCUUGUAGACUUGUUGUACCUGUCAGUGAAGAAACCAAACUAAUAAAUGCCAAAAUAUUCAUCUAGUGGAUUUAAAACAAUGAAUUAAACCUCAGCAUUUUAACAAAUGUUAAGGAUUUGGUCCUUCUAGUUAGCCAAAGUGCUGCUCAGCACAGUAGUUCCAUUUAGAAAGGCAUUUUGCCACAUUAAUAGAUGAGUAGAAAGAACUAGUAAUACUAGUUUACUGAUCACCUUUGAUAAAAUUCUUAACUUUGCUAAACACAUUCUGGCCUCUACCAUUUACUAUGGAAAGUGCAAACUAGGAAACAUUGGUGUUUUUAGGCGGCAGCCAAAAGUUCCUGACCCCUUUGCUUAAAAAAAACGUAUACCGUAAUGCUAAAAAAAUCUUAAACAAAUUUAUCUUAGAUUAAACAUAUUUUCCUUUGAUUUGAGCAGGUCAGCAAGACGAUUUAGGAAUGGAAUAAGAUUAUUUAAAUCAAAGAACUGCAUUAUUUUAUUUCAAGUAAAUCAUAUGCAAAUAAUAUCUUAAAAGG